AUGGACGCCGCACAACUAAUUGCAGUCGUGCAAGAGUAUGAAGAGUUAUAUAAUUUAAGACACCCUUUUUAUUCUAACCAACAAAGGAGGGACAAUAUCUGGGAAGAAAUUGGACGAAGAUUUAAUAAAAGCGCUAAUGCAUGCAAGGAGCGAAGGACCAGAAUUAGAGAUAACCAUUGGAAGGCUUUGAAUUUGCACAAGACAAAAAGCGGCCAAGCAGCAUCAAAGAUAACAGCUUCUAAAUUCUCACAAGAACUUUCUUUUCUAACACCGUAUCUAAACGAUGAGGAAGAACGGCGUUCAAACCUAUCACCUAGAAGUGCCAAAAAUAACGAAGAAACACAACUUGAGUCACUGAAUGAAUUAGGUUAUCCAGAUAACAAUGUAUCAAGCGAUGCACAAAGUGAACAAUCCGUGCAAUCCUUGGGAUCAUCACGAAUUAUCCGUAAGAAAUCGAGCUUCGCAACUUCACAAGCUUCACAAGGCCCAACUGCAGCCAGCGUUCUACAAGAUUACUUAAUAAGCACGGCCGAAACCAGAAACCACAGCGAUUCUCUUCUCGAUUUUUUCAUUAAUAUGGCAAAAACAGUAAAGACUUUUCCUUUACAAGACCAGGUUAACAUUAAAGCUCAGUCAUUUAAAAUGGUUAACAAUCGGCUUCUUCAAAUACAACGAUGUUUGCUGCACCUGCUAUGA